UGUUGAGAAGCUAUCACUCAGCGCUGUGUAUAAAUUCACACGCAGCUUCCUUUGCCGUGUUGGACAAGGAAGGGAGUGGCUUUAAUCGCUUUUUUUCGUAUUUUGAGGAUAUUCGCAGAUAAUUCGAGUGUCAAACGGAUCGGUAAAGAGUUUCAAGUACUAAGUGGUCUUCAAUGAAACCUUUGAAAGUUAUUUUGUCUCUUCUUUAUUUUGCUGUUUUAAUCCAUGACGCAACGUGUGCUCGAGCUUGCAUAGAGCCCACCUUAGAACAUGGCCGAAUCACUAACCCUGCAAACUAUUAUUUAAAUGGAUCAACAAUACACAUAGUGCCUAAUGUUGGAUACUUCUUGGAUGGGGAUUCUAUUGCAACUUGCGAUGUAGAUCAUGGUUGGAUUAAUCUUCCAACAAUUAAAGCUGCAGUUUGCCCAGAGCCCAUCUUAGAAAAUGGUCAAAUCACUAACCCUGCAGAUGAGUACAUUAAUGGCUAUACAAUACACAUAGUUGCUAAUGAUGGAUACUUCUUGGAUGGGGAGGCUGUAUCCUUCUUGGAUGGGGAGUCUAGAGCAGACAGCACAUGUGAUGCAGUACAUAAUCAAUGGAUUAAUCUACCAACAAUUAAAGUACUACCAUGUGACGAACCCCUGUCAUUUGCUAAUGGUGAGAUAGUAACCCAAGAACCCUAUGUUCGUAAUCAAACUGUUCUGGCCCAGUGUGCACCUGGCUAUGUGGCUGAGAAUGGUCUGCAGAAUGUUAAUGUCACAUGUUAUAUUAAUGGAACCUGGGAUCCCAUGCCUAUCUGUUCAGCACUACAAGAUCUUUCCGCCACAUAUCGCUGUGGAGUGAACCCUAACGAAGUAAUAAUGAUAGUAAAAAAUAACAAUAACUACCAGGAUGCUUACAUACCUGGCUAUAAAGAUGAUGGGAGUUGUCAACCAGAUUUUAGUAUGAUGCCAGGAGGCUGGACACAUGUGGCAUUUCGACUGGCAGAAGGAACAUGUGGAAUGGUGACAACACCAAAUGGUUUAAAAACAUGGAGUGUUUUAGCCACAUACAGCCUUGUCAUAGAACAACACACUGAUGUUGAAUUCACCACAGAUCCAGGGUGCAAUUUCACUGCAGAAGAGACAGAAUUUGUAGAACUAACAUCAGUUCGUGUGCAGAACAUCUCUCGUGGUGGAGAUACAAUUAUACAAGGAACGGGACCAUCUCUUAGCACCUUCCAACAAGGAGUUGCUAAUAUAGGAAGAGAAACUGUAACUAUGGUAAUGAAAAAAGCAAGUGGUGGGAGUGACACCAAAAGUUGCUACCUUGGCGAAGAAGUUCUGCUUGCCAUGACCCUGACAGAAUCAGACACUGCCUGGGGGAUCAAAGUUUAUCGGUGUAUUGUAAAACCAACAAGAGAUUCACCAAAUAAUGAAACAUUUGUUCUUUUGAAUGAUAAGGGGUGUCCUGAUGACCGGCAAUUCAUAAAUGCCCCAUUUCAUGGCCAACUGAGACAAGCACAAACUGUAAAAAGUGGUUCAUUCAGGUGUUUCAAAUUUCCAGAAAAAGAAACACUAUAUUUCAACUGUGAGAUUGGGUUUUGCACCUCACAACAUAAAAGGUGUUUUCAGGGUCCAGUUGACAUCUGUCAAAGAGAUGAGAGGACAAAGAGAUGGGUGACCAAGGAAGACAUGCAUUUUGCUAUAGGUUUACAAGUUUCUGUUACCCAAAAUCCUGGCGGAAAUGUUCUCAGUAACAAUGAAGAAAAAAUGACAGUUGGACCAAAAUCCAGAAUGUCAACAAUUUUCACAGUGUCAACUAUUGCCGUGGUGUGUCUCAUUCUAACAGCAGGAAUCAUUAUCAUCAUCGUCAUACCUCUACGAAAGUGUAGAAUUUUGCCAGCCAUUAAAAACAGAUGUUCCAAUACAGCAAUCUCAGGGUCAUUGCUAUAGCAAAACUGUUCACAUUUAAGUCCUAGAACUCUCACAAAAUAUAAUGUAAAUUAAUGGUCUUUGGAGAGAAAAAUAUUAUUAUUAUUAUUAUUAUUAUUAUUAUUAUCAAAAUUAUUAUUUAUCAUCAUUAUUAUCCACCAUGGGCUCAUUUAAAACGGGAUGUUCCUUUUGUGCUAAUCAAAAUGCUGUACAAAGCACUUGCAGCAUCAAGGACUACAAAUGUAUGCAGCACCAGUCCUGGGAGAAAUUUUACAGUUCAAGUCAAAACUUUUCUGGUCUUCGUUUCUAUAGCAUACCUGACACAUAAUUGUGGGUUAAAUGCUCAACUUGCAUACACCAAUGUAUCAAUUGUGACAACGUGACACAGCAGGAAUAUCGUUACAAACACAAAGUGACUGUACACUCCAUCCAUGUGCACCACCCUUGUUGACCCAGCGGUUUUAUGAAGGAAUGACCACCUAUUGUUUACUUUUUUCUUUUUAAACUGUUUGAAAAAUGAGAACAAACACAAGAGUUAGUAUGUAGCACCAUCUAUGAUGUAUUGCAUUUUGUGGGAUGUGUGAAAAUAAAGAAUUGCUCAUGAAAGAACGUGGUCAUA